AUGUUGUCAAUAAUGGGGUUAGCUUUUGCAACAAUAGUAGCAAUAAUAUGGUUGGUAUUGAGAGGAAAUCCAAGAAGCAAGCAAGUGGUGUUGCCUCCUGGGUCUAAAGGUCUCCCUUUUGUAGGAGAAACCUUUCAACUCCUCCUUCCUAGUUACUCUCUAGAUCUUCCUUCCUUCAUUAGGAAAAGAAUUCAAAGGUAUGGGCCUAUUUUCCAAACCCGACUGGUGGGAAGGCCUGUGGUAAUGUCCGCUGACCCGAGUUUUAACCGAUACAUAGUCCAAAAUGAAGGAAAAAUGGUAGAAAUGUGGUACUUAGACACAUUUUCUAAACUUUUUGCACAAGAUGGGGAAGCUAGAACUACUGCUGCUGGACUUGUACACAAAUACCUUAGAACCUUAACAUUAACCCAUUUUGGUUCUGAAUCUCUUAAAGAAAAAUUACUUCCUCAUCUCCAAAAUUUGGUUCAAAAAGCCCUUCAUGGAUGGUCAUCUCAAGAUUCCAUUGAUGUCAAAGAAGCUGCUUUAACUAUGACCAUAGAAUUUGUAGCAAAGCAACUUUUUGGGUAUGAUUCAGACAAGUGCAAGGAGAAAUUAGGGGAGAAAUUUGCUCAUAUUUCACAAGGUCUACUAUCAUUUCCUAUCAAUAUUCCUGGAACUACAUACUAUAAUUGCUUGAAGAGCCAACGAGAAGUGAUGGAUAUGAUGAGAACCGCUCUAAAGGAGAGGGUUGCAUCACCGGAGACAAGUCGAGGGGAUUUCCUAGAUCAUGCACUUAAAGACCUAAACACCCAGAAAUUCUUGACUGAAGAUUUCAUCCUACAAAUUAUGUUUGGACUUCUCUUUGCUAGUUCUGAAUCAACCUCCAUGACAUUAACUUUAGUCUUCAAAUUCUUGUCCGAAAAUCCCCAUGUCUUGGAAGAAUUAGAGGCUGAGCAUGAAAGAAUUGUUAACAGCAGAGAAAGCCCUAAUUCUCCCUUGACUUGGGCUGAAGUGAAAUCAAUGACUUUUACUCUUCAAGUGAUUAAUGAAUCUUUGAGACUUGGAAAUGUUUCUCUUGGACUACUUAGGAAAACAUUGAAAGAUAUUCAAAUUAAUGGAUAUACAAUUCCAGCAGGAUGGACAAUAAUGUUGGUCACUUCUGCAUGCCAAUACAACCCUAAUAUAUACAAAGAUCCACUUACCUUUAAUCCAUGGCGCUGGAAGGAAAUGGAGCUUGAUGUUAUAGCAAAAAACUUUAUGCCAUUUGGGGGAGGAAUAAGACAAUGUGCUGGAGCAGAAUUUGCUAAGGUGCUGAUGACCAUCUUCCUUCAUGUCCUUCUUACUAAUUACCGGUGGGAGAAAGUAAAGGGUGGUGAAAUUGCUCGUACUCCAAUUUUGGUAUUCAAAAAUGGCCUACACGUUAAGUUAGCUAUGAAGGACUAAGCCCCACAACAUUAAUAACUUUUUAGUUAUUUGUGUG